UACAAAAAGGUGUGAUGUGCGAGCGCGAUCGUAUUAAAUUGUUGGAUUUGGCUAAAAUAUCAGUGAAACAGAAUAUGCGGUAGCAGAAGGCAAUAGUGAAAUAAUUUAUAACAUUUUAAUUAUUAUGUCCUAAGUUUUUUUUGGUUCAAAUACUUUCACGGGGAUGUUGAACAUGAAUAAUGCCUCAAUCGCCAAUGAUGAUUAUGAAGUUAUUGGAGAAACCCAAUGGCAAAUAUUGGAGAACGCAGAUGACUAUGUCAUCAAAAUAUAUGGAUACAAAUAUUCAAGGAUUCGUGCAAUAAUAUUCCAUUCCGUUUGCAUCUUACUAUGUGGAAUACCAUAUUUUGCUUUGGCCUACUAUCCUAAGUUAAAUAGAUUGAAAUACCUAAAAUGCAGUUUGAAAAUGGCUGAGGAUGUGUGUGUAAUGAACGGAGAGGGCUCCUUGAACAUCGCAAGCGUCCAACAAAUUGAUCUCAGCAUCUCCAGUCACACAGAUAACAAACUUCGCUACUUCAUAUACCAACACAGCCGUUACAUCUGGCUGAACGACCAGGGAGCAUUCAUCAAUGUACUGGCACUGAACGAAAAGAUUACUAUUAGCCUGCUGAUGGAGAAUAUGUCCGGUAUAAAUAAAAGGCAACAAAAUGAACUGAUAAAAUUAUAUGGAGCUAAUUCAGUGGAAGUUGAAGUGAAAAGUUACUGGUCAAUAUUUGUAGAUGAAGUAUUCAACCCGUUUUAUCUAUUUCAAGUAUUUUCCAUUGUCCUCUGGUCAUUGGACGAAUACUAUCAGUAUGCAACUUGCGUUUUCCUCCUUUCAACGGGCUCUUGUUUGAUGGCUCUAUACCAAACCAAGCAGAUGAGCAUAAACCUGCACAACAUGGCGGGCUCGACCAGUGCGUUCACGGCGACGGUGCUGCGGCCGACGCGCACUGGACGCGAGGAGUACGUGGUGAACGCGAGCAGGCUGGUGCCGGGCGACGUGCUGGUGCUGCCGCCCGACGGCUGCGUCAUGCCGUGCGACGCCAUGCUGCUGACCGGCACGUGCAUCGUCAACGAGUCCAUGCUCACUGGUGAGAGCGUGCCAGUUAUGAAAGGACCUCCUUGCAUUUCGCCGGAACCAUAUUCCACUGAGACCCACAAAAGGCAUACACUGUUUGCUGGCACUCACGUUAUCCAAACAAGAUUUUAUGGAAACAAUCAGGUGCUAGCAAAGGUAGUGCGCACCGGUUUUUAUACAGCGAAGGGAGAAUUGAUCAAAAGUAUCUUGUUCCCGAAGGAGUUUGAUUUCCAGUUCUACAAGGAUGCCGUCAAGUUUGUCAUAUUCAUGUUUUGCAUCGCCGCUAUUGGAAUGGGUUAUUCGAUAUGGCUGUAUGUUGUCAGAGGAAGUGAAUUGGGCACUAUAGUUCUUCGAACAUUGGAUAUAAUAACGAUAGUGGUACCGCCCGCGUUGCCGGCCGCCAUGACAGCGGGCAUCGUGUACAGUCAACAACGUCUCAAACGCAAUAAAAUCUUUUGUGUUUCGCCGCCUCGUAUCAUUAUCUGUGGCAAGCUGCAGGUCAUGUGCUUCGACAAGACUGGGACAUUGACCGAGGACGGGCUAGACCUCUACGCUGUUAUCCCCUCCAACGCUGAAGAGAAGUUUGGCCGCUGUAUCGAUGACAUCGCCGCCCUGCCCGCAAACAGUCCUCUGGUCCAAGCGCUGGCCUCCUGCCACUCCCUCACCAGCAUACAAGGAGAGCUUAAAGGAGAUCCGCUUGACUUGAAGAUGUUUGAAUUUACACAAUGGGUCCUCGAGGAGCCAGGUCCCGAAAACACGAGGUACGAUAACCUGACGCCGGCCAUUGUAAAACCAGUCACCGCCAAUGGGGAUUUGCAGAACCUGGACAACUACGACCCCUUCACCAUGGAAAUGCCUUAUGAGAUCGGUUUGCUGCGCAGAUUCCAUUUCUCUUCAUCUCAACAAUCAAUGGGCGUGAUCGCCAGGGUACUCGGACAGCCACAAAUGGUGUACUUCGUUAAAGGGGCGCCUGAAAAGGUUGCAGGUAUGUGCGACCAGGCAUCCUUACCAGACAACUUCAGCAUGAUCCUCAACGAGUACACAUCCAACGGGUUCAGAGUGAUCGGUCUCGCCCACAAGAAGCUAGACCGCAAGAUGAAGUGGGUGGAUGCGCAGAGACUAAAGAGGGAGUCCAUAGAGUGUGACAUGACGUUUUUGGGCUUUCUAGUCAUGCAAAAUAGCCUGAAACCGGAAACCACGCAAGUUAUAAAGGAGUUACAUGACGCGAAUAUUCGCCAGAUCAUGGUGACUGGGGACAACAUAAUGACAGCGAUGUCGGUGGCGCGCGGCUGCUGCAUGGUGCAGCCGCACCAGAGGCUGGUGCUCAUCACAGUCGGCCAACAACAGCUGCCCGACCAGCGCCCGGCCCUGUGUAUGGAGGUAGUCGGCGAAGGUGGUCCACCUAAGUUAUCGAUAGACGCAUACGUGUUGGCCAUGGAGGGCAAAACUUGGGCGGUGCUGCGGACACACUAUCCCGAACUGAUGUCCACUAUUGUCAACAAAGGAAUGAUCUUUGGUCGGUUCGGUCCGGAUCAGAAGACGCAGCUGGUGACCGCGCUGCAAGGCGAGGGGCUCGUCGUGGGCAUGUGCGGCGACGGCGCCAACGAUUGCGGCGCCUUGAAAGCCGCCCACGUGGGCAUCUCGCUCUCCGAGGCUGACGCGUCUGUGGCCGCGCCGUUCACAUCCCAAGAGCAGAACAUCCGGUGCGUCAAACUGCUCGCGCUGGAGGGCCGCUGCGCGCUCAGCACUUCCUUCGCCAUCUUCAAGUACAUGGCUCUCUAUUCGUUGAUACAGUUCUUCUCUAUUCUCAUCCUUUAUAACUUCUACUCUAUCCUCGGCAACAAUCAGUUCCUAUAUAUCGACUUGGUGCUAACCACGAUACUAGCGCUGUCGCUAGGGCGCGCGUCGCCCGGCCCGGUGCUGACGAAGCAGACGCCGCCCGUCUCUCUAGUCGCGCUGGCCAGCAUACUGCCGCUCAUCAUGCAAGUGUUGCUGGUCCUGACCAUGCAGUUGGUCUCCAUCUACCUCUUACAGAGUCAGCUAUGGUUCAACCCAGUGCAAGGUAGUCAUGACGUAGAGCAAAUAUUGUGUUGGGAGAACACAGUAAUAUUUAUAGUCACAUCAUUCCAGUACUUAAUAAUGGCUUGUGUUUACGCCAAGGGCUGGCCCUUCCGUCAACCGUUUUGUGCCAAUUACUGCAUGGUUAUAACAUUAGUGACGCAGUCAGUAUUUGUCACGUUGCUGUUGCUGUGCCCGUGGAGUUGGCUGGCGGACUUCAUGGAGAUCGAAGUCAUGGAUAUGGCGGAGACUGAUCAGACUAUGUUCAGGGCUUAUUUACUGAUCAUACCCGUCUUGCAUCUCAUGCUGGCUAUCGCUAUUGAGGCAACACUCUCAGACCAAGAUCGUUUUGCAUCCAUCUUCCAAAUGUUGCGACGGCGGUGUUCAGACAAAGAGGAGGCCUCAACCGAGGCCGCGUGUCCGCUGUGGCCUCCGCGCUCGCCCUCCCACAUAUGCUGACGGGGCCUAAACUUCGCGCCUUAUACAGUGUUCGCGUUGGUUCGGUAGUGACUGAGAAUGAUAUGUGACGAUGAGGCCUCAAGGAAGGCCUCCUUGUCGCCCUCCGACGUCUGUGAAUGCUGGCCUCGUCGCACCUUACAGUGUUCGCGUUGGUUCGGUAGUGAGUGAGAAAGAUAUGUGACGAUGAGGCCUCAAGGAAGGCCUCCUUGUCGCCCUCCGACGUCUGAACGCGGGCCUCGUCGCACCUUAGUGUUCGCGUUGGUUAGGUAGUGACUGAGUGAUAUGUGAAAAGGCGUUCAGGCCAAGAAGAGGCCUCAACGGAGGCCCUAUGUCUGCUAUGGUCGCCCUCUAAGAUCUGUGGACACAGGUCUCGUCGCACUUUACAGUGUUUGUGUUGAUUCGGUAGUGACUGAGUGAUAUGUGACAGUUUAUAGUAAUGUAGUCAUAGGGGAGUGUUCACAUUUAACCAAAAGUAUACUGUGCAUUCUUGUGUGAAGAUGAAAUGAUCCAAUAGGGUAGUUGACUUAUAUCAAAUUGUAUAUAGACAUUAGACAAUAUGAUUUUUGUAUAGUACACGGAAUAAGGAUCCAAAAUAUAUCGAUAUUAAUUCAUAAAAGUUAAGGAUUUCAUAGAAAACUUAAUUAUUAUUUUUUUCCAAAACAUCAAAAACGCUGUCAAUUUUGUGACAUUACAAUGAUACUUGAUGUCACUUAUAAAAGUCAAACUAAUAAUUUUGUCAAACACUAAACCGUUUGGUUAAGGUUUAGUGUUUACGAGCUUAAGUGACGUCAUGAAACAGGUAAAAUAUAGACCAUCAUGGCCGAUAGAGUUUUAACUCGUAUUGUUAAAAAAAAAGUAUUUAAAAAUUAAAAUUUUUAUGUCUAAAAAAAAUAUGAUAAUUUUUUUAAAACUUUUACAAUCAUAGUGAACAAUUUAAGACCCUUUUAAAAAGUGUCAACUAGCCUAUUGCCGUCGAGCAUCUUAUGUAUUGCUAUAUAGCUUGCUCAUACUAGGCUGAUCACUUUACGUUAUUUGUGAAUGCUCCAUAGGUGUUUUAACUUACCGCCUACUACAAACUUCUUGGUGUUCCUGAAACAUAGACUUCCUUACUGCAAAGCAUUAUCAAUCAUAUUAUUUCAUUGUAUUUUAAGUACUCCUAUAUGUUGAUUGCAUUUUUAAUAUGCAUAUUGCAUCGAUCUCCUAUUAAAAAGUGGACGCACAAUCAGCAACCAAAAAACGUCCCCACUCAAUGAGUGCCAAACACAACUUUGGCACUCAACUCAAGUAAUCGCAUUUGCAAUUUCAAUCUGAAACCUUAAAUCCUUACGGUUGAAUUUGCUCUGAAUGUGGAUUUUAUUGAAUAUUGGACUAUAUAUAAAGUAAAAUUGGCCAGUUUUAAGUGUGAUUUUCUACAUGAUUGUGCAUCCUUUUAUUAUAAGAGGUCAAUGGCAUAUUCUAAAUUGUUAAAAUCUAUUUGUAUGACAAACUUUUAACCUUCAUAAAAUGAGGUAAGUCAAGCUCUUAGUCCAAGAACAAAACACAUUCAUACACCACACUUUUGUAAGGUUGCCUAUAAGAAAUUGCUGCAAAGCGAUAAGGCUGCCUUUUGUAUUAUAUUUCUUACAUAUUAUGAUGUCUCUGUUUUCUAGUUUUUAUGUGGUGUACAAAUGAAGAAUAAAUAAUAAUUAAUACAUAUGUAGUGCAAUACUUGGAACAGUGUAACGUCCCAUCUUGCCCUUAGACAAAUACACAACUCGCAUUGUGUGUAAAUGUGUGUAAAAAUAAUUAAUUUCCCUAUACAAAUGAAUGUAUGUUUCAAAAGUGCAUUUUAUAUGUAUAUUAUAAUUUUUUAUUUCCAUUAUCAUGAAGUAGGGAAAUAGGCAUUGCAAAUAUUUAUUGUUUCUUGGCUCUUAUAUUUCAUUUCUUAUACAGGCCAUAACUCAUUAAAGCCACCCGUCACUUUACCUCGUGUGGUUGUUACUCUGUAUAUAUGAAAUUCUAUAAAAUACAUUUACUACUUUAACUUUGUAGCUUCACUGAAUCACCUACUUCACAAUUCUCAACUCACGAAACAAAGUGACUCUGCAGGCCUUAGAUAUAGGUGCAGGGAUAGGGCCUGGUGUCUUGCAUUACAGAUUUUUUAAACCAGUGCAGGCUCCAUUCCUCACAAUAGCCUAACACAUUUAUAUGAUAAUUAUGUACCUAUCAUAAUGUGGAAAAAAUUAAAUUUUAUAUCAUUCGUUGUGAUAAGUCGAUAUUUUUUAUUAAGAACGAUAUUUUUGAUCCGUCGCUUAUUGGUCGACAGUAUGUCAUUUUGACUUCACGAAGUAUGUCGUAGCACUCGUUUCGCGUGUCUUAGGCAUGAUAAGGUGCUGAGUGGCUUCAAUGAGCUAUGACUCUUAAAUCUUUCUUGUCAGGCCUACAAUGUGUACAUAUAACAAAUAGACCCCUCAGUAUUUUUUUCUUGUAUAUAUGAAACUGGUUGUAAUGGUUGGAGAAGUUGAAACAUUCUAUGAAUUAUUUGGUAGUGAAUUUAAGUAAGUGACAAUGGAUGUGACAUUAAUGGUCGUACUGAGAGAUUUUUUAGAAAUUUAAAAUUCCAAUCUGUUUAGUAUUUAGUAAAUGGAAACUGGAUGUUGUGCAAUAUUAUAAGUGUUACAUAUCUGUUGACUGUAUUUUGAAAUUGUAUGUCUUUUUUUUUAUUUUAACAGGUUGAUUGUACAAAUGAGGAAUUCAUUGUAUUUGCAUACAACAUCUUCUUUUUCUAUGUACAUAGUAGCAUUUGACAGCGGUAACGCAUUGUGAGUGUUAAAUGAUUUAGAAUUCUACAGUAGGAGACGUAGGAUAUUGAAACAUGUUUAUGAAAUACCCAGUUUUACACACCAAUCCUUGUCUGUACACGUUACUACUACAUCUAAAUGAAACUAUCUUUGGAAGUAGAAAUACUAUAUUGUAUGCAAAGACAACAUGUUCAAAUCUGCAUGUGAAUGUACUAUUUUGUCUGUACAAAAUGGUACAUACCCACACCCAAAAGUAAAUAAUGUAUAAUCUAGUUUGAAAAUGAGAUAAUAGAUAAAUAGGCAAACUGCAUAAGGGAUGUGCCUCAUUAGUGUGUUGCAUUGCAUCGUCGUAACGGAUCAACGUAUUGUAUGCCACACCCGCGUUGCGACGCCUCAGUGCAAGACGACACACGCACCCAUUCAGUCACUAAUGGCUCUAACCACAGUAAAUACAUACAAACAGUAUUUCAACUUCAUACUAGAGGACGAAGCGCAAGCUAUACCUACUCACCUCGAUCUCGGGGUGCGUUCGCGGUGCAGACUGUCGCGACUGUGCCACAGUGACGGUUUGACGAACGGACAGUGUUUUGUUUUUUUAACAAUAACCGCGCGAUUUUUUUCACCAAAAAAAAGAUCAAGAUAUUGUGCUGUUUUUAGUUGCAUUAAUUCGUCAAUAACGCAUCUAGAGAUAACUUUUUUUAAAUUACAUGGCAACUCUGAAUGGUAAGACCUUAAAAUAAUUGUACUUAGUAGGUAGGUACACAAUGUGUGUAUUUUAAUGGAUAAGGUAUUUGCUCUUAGCUCAAGAAAAAAAGGAGUAGUAAAUACAGUGAAUAGAGUAAAGGAAAGUGAUCGACACGAGUGCAAUAGGUAGUUAUAGGCGGUUCAUUUCAUGAAUCAAGAUACGAUAGGUAUACGCUCGGGUUAAACACAUGUUCUUUAUUGAACAUUUCCUAUUCGAUUCACAAAGUAUUUUAUUUGUUUAUGUAAAAUACUGGAGGCGGGCAGCCCUAUCACAUGUAUCAUUACGUAUCGCGUGGCUGUAGGUAUUUAUUUCAAAGAUACGGCGGAGUUGGAAUACUGUUUGUAUGUAUUUACUAUGUUCUAACUGACAGUUCGCUCGCGCGGUGCAGGGGCAGAGGGGAAAAAUUAAUGAAUGAAGUAUGCGCUUGCCCCCUAACUCGUUAGUCACUCUCCUCUUACGUCAUACCCUCACCUUUGAACUACGCGGGCGAGGGCUUUUGCCUAUAUACUAAAGUAUCACAGUUCAGUCUGGACUUUCCAAAGGUGAUAUAGGCUUAUUCGAAUAAAUAUUUGAAUAAUAAUGAAACUAGCAGAUUAUCUCUUAUUAAAGCUAUGUGUUUGAUAUUUGCUGCUGGAUACUGUGUAUAGAUCGUCAGAAAUUUUACAAAAACUUUACAUUAAACACUAAAUCAACUACUUUAUUAUAUUAACGUCCCAAACACUAGAUGAAAAAAAUGCAAGGAUGUAAAGAAGUUUUUAUAAUUUGUCUUCAAUUUUGGUUUUCUUAAUGAUUAAAAUUUCUGUACAAUUUGAUGUUAUUAACAUAACUAGUUAUUUACGAGUACUUAUUACCAGAAGUUGUAAACUUUACAACAUUCACAUUUAUUAAAGUAGAACGUAGAUAAAAAUGGAUAUUAUAUUCUGUAAUUUUAAACGCAAAUCUGGUAUUUCAAACAAACUCAAAAUUGUUGGGUAUUUUUAUAUAUUUUUUUCAUUAUUUUAGAUUCAAAUUAUUAGCUUACAUUUAAUUAAACCUCAUUAAGCAAGUUUCUUUAAAACCUAUGAGUUUUUUACUCUAUUUAAUUCGCAUUACAUAUCUACUUGUUUCUUAGUACAAAAAAAAAUUACAAUUGAAAACAUUUUUCUACUAUUUUUACAAAAAAUACAAAAGGUAGUUUGCUAGUUACUUAUGUCUGAACUACUUUAAAAAAUUAGUACUUAAAAGUUACUUACAAAUCCUAUUUGGUUAAGAUAUACCUAAUAAUAAAUUUGAGGCCAAAUAACAUAACAGAAGAAAUAAUUAUUCUGCUUAAAAUGUCUAUAAGACUUAAAAAAUAUAUUACGGCAUCUAUAUAUAUAAAAGUAUUUAAAAUGAAAUUUAAAUUUAGGGAAAUCAAUUGAUUAACAAUAGGGAGGCGAUUCUUGAGGCUGUGUUUUUUUUUUGUUUGUUUCGUGAAAUGUCUUAUUUGAUAUACAAAUAAAAUUUGCAUUAAUUUUAGGAUGUAUACUUUCAUUAAUCACGCGCAAAACGAUGUUACCAUUACGUAAUCUUAAUUUUACUUACUAUAUAUACUUACUUUAAUUAUAAUAUUCCACAAAUCAAAUUAAUAAUAAUUUAUAUCAAUUACAUAAGAUCAGAGUACUCUGUUAUCUUUAAUGCCUACCUUAUUUUUUUUUUAUUUAAUUUAUCUUUUGCUCCAUAAGUUGCAGUUACUCGUAAAACAGAGGCGUAAAGUAAUUUCUGAAAUCAAUAAUUCUUUUUUAUUUAUAAUUUAUGCAUAUAAAUAACACAUACUCCAAGUAGACGAUUAAGUUAGCCAUUUGGAGGUAUAAUUCAUAGGAAUUCUGUCAGAAAAUAUAGAACAUGAGAAAGGAUUCUAAACUCAUGUGCAUAUUUUAUUUAAAUUAACUUUUUGUUGCUUUACUUAAACUGCAUUAAUAUUUUUAUUACAUAAUAUAUUUAUUUAAUGUGUUAUCUAAAUGGCUGUGACUUACCGACAGACAAACUUGUAUAAUGGCGAAGGUCGGACAGACAAACGUUCAUACGUGUGGAUAUUUAAAUGCCUACAACAUUAGUAAUAAUAGGUCUGCAUGGAAAUCCCAAUAUAUUAUUUGCGAUUUUUAUUAUAAAGAAGCCAUGUUUUUUUAAAUUUUACUAAAGGUAUCCUUUCAAUACAACGGUCCAAUAGACCGGAUUGCACAUUAGAAUUCGGAGUUCUGGUACUUUUUGAUCCAGCUUUUUAAUCGUAGAGGUUUGAUUGACACUUGAAAUGUAUUGAAAAUUGUAGUUAGCCUACCUCAGGGUAUGGGCUAAAUAUUCCACCAUUUAUGUAUAUCCAUUACAUAUUACAUGACCUUACAAAAUAAUGGAUAUAUCAAUUCAAACUCACAAAAAUCUGUAUUUAACCAUUUUUCAUUUUUAAUAUUGAAAUAAUCAAGGCCACUAUAUUUUAAAUAAUAACAAUUGUUACGGAAUAACUUACACCUUUUGUUUUUUGUUAUUUUUUCUUAUUUUUUAUUUAAUUAAUUAAUUUUAAUAUUUAUUUUGCCAAUAUUUAUCACUGAAAUAUGCUUUUAAUACCUACUUAGAUUAUUUUUCAUUAUUGUGUUUCUUUCAUAUUGAAGACAUGCAUUAAUUGGUAGAUAGUUAGGUACUUAUUACAUUUAAAACUUAGUUAAAUUUAUAUUAAUAAUUAUUUAUUGCGUUGCGAAAAAUUAUUAAUUAAUUAGCUGCGAAUUUAGGCCUACUAAAUAUCCGCUUGCUUAUAUUAAAGCUACUUUCACAUUGGUGCAAAGCCGAAGUGAGGCGACAGGCGAUGCAAAAUGUUAUGGUAUAUUGAACUCUAUCAAGAUUUAUUAAAGUACAAAAUUGUGCGCAGUGUCAUGCCUAUUAUUCUGUAGAUUAAAUGAUAUUGCAUUUGUGCGAAUACUGCGAUUUUUAUCAUACCAAAAAGUUCGCGACGUUGGAGGCCUGAAGGAGCGAGCAAGACCACGACAUAUAAUCGAAGGUUUCCCUCGUUUUAAGACUAACUGGCACGUGGUUUUCUGUAUACUUUAUUUGGAUAUUUUCUUUUGAGUUCAAUUGAAACGCACCAGUCGUAUUUUAGAUUUUAGCUAGUAAAUUUUAAAUAAUAAAUCAAAGAUCCUGUCUUCGUAAGCCCUCAGUAUUUAAAAGAAACAUUCAAGUCGCUCUUGUAAGUUGACUUGACCGUUAGAUUGCCAAUUUUUCAAAAUUUGUUGUGCAUUUAUAAACUACUUUCCUGUGGCACGAGUAAGCAUUUUAAGUUUUUUUAACAUCAAAAAUGAAUUUUACUAAAACCAAACUACUAAUAUCUACUGUAUUGUAUUUAAUAAUUUAGAUAACCUCAGCUAGUAGUUUAGAUUUAAACCUGCAAUAUUAAAAAUGGCAAUUACCUACUAAGUUUAUAGAUUUUAAAAGCUAUUCUUAAACAUGAAUAGGUACUUAAUAACAAUAUAGAUACUUAAUUAUAACAUUUGUCAAUUAAAUUUUGCAGUUCCCACAAAUAGGGCAACUUGUGCAAUCAAUCUUUCUAUUGGCUGAAAUAUGCUUAGUUGCUUUUUAUUACCCGACAUUCAAGAAGGGUUAUUUAUUAACCAAUCAAAAACCUUAAUUAACUAAAAGACUUAUGAGAUGGAUAGAAAUCCCAGGUCUUAGGUUCAACUCCCAGCCGCUGCACUAACUUGACUUAAAGAAGGAAAGAAAUCGUGUUUAAAACAGUUAUUAACAAGAUGUUUUUAUAAGAUUAGAAUAUUUAUGCAAAUAUUAAUUAGCUAAGAUCCCAAUGCGUCGAUCUUUAAGUUACUGAAGCAUAUAUACCUAUAGAAAUAUUAUCCAUUUAGAAUAUUUAAAGCCGAGAUAGGUAUAUGUGUAUAAAAUCUUGUUAUUUAUUGAACUGCAUUAUCGUGAUCGUUUUGGACUCUUGUUGUAUGUUUAGAUGUAUUUCUCGAAUAUUUUGAACCUGUUGACUGUUUUGUCAUGGUAAUGUAGUUCGAUUGGAACUUUACAAAUUGUGACAUUUUUAGAUGGAUGUGACCAAAAAAUAUGAAAUAAAACUUUAAUUAAGAA